GUACCAUUUCUGGGUUUUUUUUUUCCCUGGUCCUACUGAAUCAAAGUCAUCAUCAGAUUGGUCCAAUUUUAUCUUUUAGAAAUUCAACAAUUUUUAUUACCUUGUUUCUCUCUCACAUGUGUGUAUCAGAUAUGAAGCAACUCUGGGCUUUGUUGUUCUUGUCUUGCCUUUGUACUGGAUUGUUCACAAAAGCACAUUCUGGGAAACCAAAAGUUGUGAAAAUCGGUUCUAUAUUCAGUUUUGAUUCAGUUAUUGGCAAAGUUGCUAAGAUUGCUAUUGAUGAGGCAGUGAAAGAUGUGAAUUCAAACCCCGACAUUCUCAGCGGAACAAAGUUUUCUGUUUCGAUGCAAAACUCUAAUUGCAGCGGUUUUAUGGGCAUGGUUGAAGCAUUGCGGUUUAUGGAGAAGGAUAUAGUUGGGAUUAUAGGACCACAAUGUUCUGUAGUUGCUCAUAUGAUAUCUCAUAUGGCGAAUGAACUUCGUGUGCCUCUUCUUUCGUUUGCUGUUACGGAUCCUGUAAUGUCGCCGUUACAGUUUCCGUAUUUUAUCAGGACGACUCAGAGCGAUUUAUAUCAGAUGGAUGCUAUUGCUUCUAUUGUUGAUUUCUAUGGUUGGAAAGAAGUAAUUGCUGUGUUUGUGGAUGAUGAUUUCGGAAGGAAUGGUGUGGCUGCGUUGAACGAUAAGCUUGCGAGUAGGAGAUUGAGAAUUACUUAUAAAGCUGGUUUACAUCCCGAUACCGCUGUGAAUAAGAAUGAGAUCAUGAACAUGCUAAUCAAGAUCAUGUUGCUUCAGCCGAGGAUUAUUGUGAUACAUGUUUAUUCAGAAUUGGGUUUUGCGGUUUUUAAAGAGGCUAAGUAUCUUGGAAUGAUGGGAAAUGGGUAUGUUUGGAUUGCUACGGAUUGGCUCUCUACGAAUCUUGACUCUUCCUCUCCGCUACCCGCUGAGCGAUUGGAAACUAUUCAAGGUGUUCUUGUUUUGCGUCCGCACACGCCUGAUACUAGUUUGAAAUGGGAGUUUUUCAAGAGGUGGCGUAAGAUUUCUGGUGCUUCUUUGGCUCUUAACACAUAUGCUCUAUAUGCUUAUGAUUCGGUCAUGCUGUUAGCGCGUGGUUUAGAUAAGUUCUUCAAAGACGGUGGGAAUAUAUCGUUUUCUAAUCACUCAAUGCUGAAUACUCUGGGAAAGAGCGGAAAUCUCAACCUCGAAGCGAUGACCGUCUUUGAUGGUGGAGAAACUCUGCUUAAGGAUAUCCUCGGAACGCGUAUGGUUGGUUUAACAGGACAGCUUCAGUUCACUCCGGACAGGUCUCGGACCCGUCCAGCUUAUGAUAUUAUCAAUGUGGCUGGAACCGGUGUUCGCCAAAUAGGCUACUGGUCAAAUCAUUCUGGUUUAUCAACAGUAUCACCCGAGUUACUCUACACAAAGGAGCAACCAAAUAUGUCUUCUGGUACAACAAGUCCGAAAUUAAGGCAUGUGAUUUGGCCGGGAGAAUCAUUUACAAAACCUCGCGGAUGGGUUUUCUCUAACAAUGGGAAAGAGCUCAAGAUUGGCGUGCCUCGUCGCGUCAGUUACAAGGAGUUUGUAUCACAAAUUCGUGGAACCGAGAAUAUGUUCAAAGGGUUCUGCAUUGAUGUCUUCACAGCUGCAGUGAACCUUUUACCGUACGCAGUCCCUGUCAAGUUUAUUCCUUAUGGAAACGGAAAGGAGAAUCCGAGCUACACGCAUAUGGUUGAGAUGAUAACAACUGGUAAUUUUGAUGGGGUAGUAGGUGAUGUUGCCAUUGUAACAAACCGGACAAAGAUUGUAGAUUUCACACAACCGUAUGCAGCAUCUGGACUAGUUGUUGUUGCUCCUUUUAAAAAACUGAAUUCAGGAGCUUGGGCUUUUCUCCGACCUUUCAAUCGACUUAUGUGGGCAGUCACGGGUUGUUGCUUUCUCUUUGUUGGCAUUGUUGUUUGGAUCUUGGAACAUAGGACUAACGAUGAAUUCAGAGGCCCGCCUAAGAGACAAUGCGUCACAAUUCUUUGGUUUAGCUUCUCGACCAUGUUUUUCGCGCAUAGAGAGAACACAGUUAGUACACUUGGGCGGUUGGUUCUGAUCAUAUGGCUAUUCGUUGUACUAAUUAUCAACUCGAGCUACACAGCUAGUCUGACAUCGAUUCUGACGGUUCAGCAGCUCUCAUCCCCCAUCAAGGGAAUUGAAAGCCUUAGAGAAAGGGAUGAUCCGAUCGGGUACCAGGUGGGUUCGUUUGCAGAGAGUUAUUUGAGGAAUGAACUUAACAUAUCAGAGUCACGGCUCGUCCCACUAGGAACACCUGAAGCAUAUGCCAAGGCUUUAAAAGAUGGACCAAGCAAAGGAGGCGUUGCUGCAAUUGUUGACGAGCGUCCCUAUGUAGAACUCUUCCUCUCCAGCAACUGCGCCUAUAGGAUCGUUGGUCAGGAGUUCACCAAAAGCGGCUGGGGAUUUGCAUUUCCUAGAGACUCUCCUCUAGCAAUAGAUCUAUCAACAGCGAUCUUAGAGCUGGCAGAAAACGGAGAUUUGCAGAGGAUCCACGACAAAUGGCUAAUGAAGAACGCAUGCACUCUAGAGAACGCGGAGCUCGAAUCAGACAGGCUUCAUCUAAAAAGUUUCUGGGGACUGUUUCUCAUAUGCGGUGUUGCGUGCCUCCUCGCUCUCUUCCUCUACUUUGUUCAGAUCAUCCGUCAGCUCUAUAAGAAGCCAAGCGAUGAUGCCAUUGCAAGAGAACAGCAGCAGAAUCAUGACUCCUCCUCCAUGCGCUCCACUCGUCUGCAAAGAUUCUUGUCCCUCAUGGAUGAGAAAGAAGAGUCCAAGCACGAAAGCAAGAAGCGAAAGAUUGAUGGAUCAAUGAACGAUACUUCGGGAUCGACUCGAUCACGAGGCUUCGACAGAGAAAGAAGCUUCAAUUCGAGAACCAACUCUCUCGCUCUCCCGCGGAGUUCUGUUCCUUCGCUUGUUACCUCUGCCGAUGAAGUGAGUACAGCACGAGCUGAGGAUUUGACAGUAUCGAAGCCACGGGCUCGGCGUUUGUCGCUGUCUCCGUGGCGGUCGAGACCGAAGCUUGAGGUAGAGGAGGAAGAGAAUGUGACUCAGAACAACAGGAUUGUUAAGAAACCAGAGGAGUCGUCAUCGGGAUCAGGUGUGAAGGAGGAGAAAAAAGGGAUAUGGAAUUGGAAGCCGAUUCGAGGGUUGGUUCGGAUUGGAAUGCAGAAGCUGAGCUGUUUGUUAUCAGUGGAGGUUGUGGCGGCGCAGAACCUUCCGGCGUCAAAUGAACGGUCUACGCCUUGGAGUUGCGUGAGGAAGAAGGAAACGAAAGACGGUGCCGUUCAGACGAUGCCUUGUAGGGUUUCUCAGGGUUCUGCGGAUUUUGAGGAGACGUGUUCAUCAAGUGCCAUGUGUACUACACACCGGCCAACGAUCAUGGAGAAAGACGGUGGAGCUGGGAUUUACAGUAAACAAGGCGAAUUCGGGAUGAAACCGAGUAGUAAACCUAAGAAUUUCGCUAAUUCCUUCGGGCGAAAGCAAUCGAAGACGUCGUUUAGUGUUCCUAGCCCAAAGAUGAUGAGCCGGAGCGAGGCCUGGACGCCAGCGAGUAGCGCGGAGUCAAAAACAGAGGAACCAGAACAGAGAGCUGAAGAUGAUCAAGAGGAACCUGAUUUUGAAGUUGUGGAUAAAGGAACGAGAGUGAUGGAGGAGAUGGUGUGUGAAACAGAGUCACAAAGGCUAGAUGAAGAGGAAACAACGGUGACAAAGGAGUUUCUUCAGUUGCUUGAGGAUGAAGAAACCGAGAAGCUCAAAUUCUACCAGCACAAAAUGGACAUCUCUGAACUGCGGUCUGGCGAAUCCGUAGAUGAUGAAUCUGAGAAUUACCUCUCAGAUCUCGGGAAAGGCAUUGGUUGCGUUGUUCAGACAAGAGACGGUGGUUACUUAGUUUUCUAUGAACCCUUUCGACACGGUUGUCAUGAGGAAAAGACCACUCCUAAGCUCGUUAUGCAAAUCUCGAAACAGAUUGUGGUACUACCAGAAGCCGGACCAGCCACUGGAUUCGAGCUAUUUCACAGAAUGGCGGGUUUGGGUGAGGAACUAGAGUCAAAGAUAUCUUCGCUUAUGGCGAUAGACGAGCUAAUGGGGAAAACAGGGGAGCAAGUGGCUUUCGAAGGAAUAGCGUCAGCGAUUAUACAGGGGAGAGGAACAAAGAGAGAGCGAACACGAGCGCAGCGCGGACUGUUUGCAGCUGUUAAAACAAUGGCUAACGCGAUGAGCAGCGGAAGAAGGGAGAGAAUAAUGACCGGAAUCUGGAACGUGGAGGAGAAUCCACUGACGUCGGCAGAGGAGGUUUUAGCGGUCUUUACAAAAACUAGAGGAAAUGGUGGUGAAGGACUAAAGAUUCAAGCUGACAUGGUGGAUGAUGAUGCUUUCGAGGUUUCCGCCGCCAAAGGUCAGCGGAAUCCACUCGAAUCGACCAUUCCACUCGACGAGUGGCUAAAGGAGAAUCGCAGCCAGAAAACGCUAACGCUUUUGGCGACAGUACAGCUCCGUGACCCGACAAGGAGAUACGAAGCGGUGGGAGGGACAGUGGUGGUAGCAGUACAAGCGGAAGAAGAGGAAGAGAAAGGGUUAAAGGUAGGUUGUUUGCACAUUGGGGGAGUGAAGAAAGAUGCGGCAGAGAAGCGGAGGCUUACGGCGGCGCAAUGGCUUGUGGAACACGGAAUGGGAAAGAAAGGGAAGAAGAGAGUAAUAUAAAGAAGAAGGAGAAGGAAGAAGAAGAGGAAAUGUUGUGGAGCUUGUCAUUCUAGGGUAAUGGCGGAUAUGUGGCUCAAAUCUAUUAAGGAACCCUGAUGUGAGAUUGCAUAGCUGAUCUUGGAGAUAUUCAUAUUAUACAAUAAGAUGCAUUUGUUUAU